AUGGAUCCAGAGGGAGAGCGAGAUGGAGCUGCGGCUAAACUAACAGAAUGGAAAAAGAGUAAAAUGCCUAAUUUAGUACAAAAAGUAAAAUCUGGUUUCCUUACAGAAUUAAGAAGGUUACAAACUGAAUAUGGGCCUACCCCCUGUGAAUAUAACAAAACGGAAAGUGUAAAAAGUAAUGAAAUCACAAGUAUGGACAUUGACACUGACCUAAAAAUAAUGAUUAAAAACCCCAUUUCUCCCGUGCAAAGUCCGAAAAGAAACGUUCUAAUAAAAAAUAUGGAUCUUGAAGAAAUAAGUGACGAGGAACUUGAUUUUGUUGAUACCGACGCUGAAAGUAAAACUCAAAAACAAACCAAAGAAACGAACAAACAUAAAAUGAACAAUAAUAUUGAAACAUCGGACACAUCAUCCACAAGUUCAAGCUCAAGUUCAAGUGAUUCCUCUAGUGAAACAAGUUCUUCAGAGAGUUCUGUAGUGCCAAAGAAAAAGUUGACAAAUUCGAGAAAAAGAAGGCGAUCGUGGAAAAGGUUUUGCACUUCCCUCAGUGAAACUAGUUCGGAUAGUGAAAGUGAUAGUGACAGUUCACUUGUUGAAACAAAGAAAAAGAAAGAAGAAAAUAAAGAUAUAAACAACAGACAAACAGAAGUAGAUAAGAAAAUAAGUGAAUCAAAACAAGAAGUUAAUAAGACAAAUGCUGAAGUAUGUAAUGAACACAAAGAUUUAAACUUAGAUAAGACAGAGACAGUAAGAAAAGAGGAGUUAAAGGAUUGUGUUGUAGUUUGUCAAGAGAUAAAUAUGAGCAGGAAUAAGGUUGAAACUGAUAAAAGGAAAGUCAUUGAAAAGAUGUCUGUGAAUGAUACAACAAAAGUAAAUAGUGGGACAAAAGCAACUAACAUGAAAACCAAAUUGAAAAAUAAAAGUGUAAAAGAUAAGGAAUUGAAUGUUAACAUUGUUGAAAAAGUAAAUCAUAAAGUUGUUGAAAAAGUAGUAGGCAAAGAUGGGGAAAUAGGAAAUGAGAAAGGAACUGGUAAAUCAAAAGACAAAGAUAGUGUUGAUGUGAAAAGUGUUGAAAAAGUUAAAGACAAAAAUAGUGAUACAGUAAAAGAGAAAUGUGUUGAGAAGAAAAUUAAGGUUAAUGAAAUGGUAAGAGAUGAAAGGAGUAAAAGGGUUAGUUAUAAAGGUGAUGAGGGGAAUAAAAUGAAAGAUGGUCAUGUUGUUAAUAGAAGAGAUGAAAGGAAAAAGGCUAAGAAGACGACAAAUGAAAAUUCAGUGAAAAAAUUUAAAUCAAAGCAAGCAAGCAAAGAAAUUGAUAAUAAUGACAAUAUGGUCAAAGAAGGAAAAGAUGGGAAAAGUGAGGAAACUAAUUUAGGAAAUGUUAAUCAUAUUGAAAGUGGUGCUGAUCAAGUGAAAAACAAUAACAGUGAAAAUAAGACACUUAAUGAAAAUAAAGAAUGUGAAGAAGUUGUUCAAGGGGAGUGUCAAAAUGAAAUAAACAAUCAGGAACAGACCUCAGUGGGUUAUUGUAAUGUGAAUAUAAUACCAUUAAUGGAGGAGACCCAAAAAGAAAGAAUUAUACUAAAUAUUGGUGGGCAAAAGUUUGAAACCUCACGUGUUACAUUAACGAAAGAUCCAAAUUCAUUACUCGCAAGAAUCGUAAGUCCAGAGGGAAUGACCCCAAGAUACGGUAACCAGUAUUUUAUAGAUCGUGAUCCUGCCCACUUUAGGUUUAUUCUUAACUUCCUUAGAAAUGGAUCAUGUGACCUUAGGACUCUCCCUCAUGAUGUUAGAUAUUUGUACGAACUAUAUUAUGAGGCGUCUUUCUAUUGUUUGCCGGAAUUAGUGAAUGCGGUUAUAGGAAAAAUCGAACAGUGUAGUGUCGUUUCUGCGAAUCUGGUGCCUUUAAAGGCCCAUAAACUGGGAUGA